GCUGUUUUUAAUUUUCCUCAUCAUGAUAUCUAUUGAAUUGAAAGAGAUUGACACAACCUUUGCAGCAUACGACCUGUAUACAAAACUUUCACCCUACGAAACCGAGUUUCAUUUUCUGCUCAAUGACGGCAUUCAAGUUUUUGCUUCGAAAACUUUAGUAACUUGCAAUGGGAAGACUGCAUUCCAAGAUGUUCUGGUUUCCUCAACAAUUGGCCCGGAUGAAAGCAUCGCUGAAUGCCCUACUCCUGAGGAACAGGUUUUUAGAAGUUUGUCCUACAAGACGAAUACCUCGUCGAAUGGGUUUCUGGCUGCCUGCAGCUCACCUGUCAUUCUUGAUAUCGAUGAACUUCUGGUAUUAAAGAGGAGUGUCUCACUUGCAUUCAAAGAAUGUUUUCAGCUAAAGCGUUUUGAAAGUGAACACGAAGAUGUUGGGACUCAAAUAAUUGUUGACCUAACCUCAACAACAACGUAUGGCCACUGUAGCAUCACGUCAUAUGGCAGUCGUAUUGAGCUCCUUCCUCUUUGUUUGACGGAAGAUUUUCAAGUCGGAAUUUCGCAAGAACAUAGCAUUUUUGAGAUUCAAACCUCAAUGUGGCAAGACACUAAGUGCAUGAUCUUUGCAGAUGAGCAAACGAGCAGUUACAUGUUUAAAACUACUGUUUUAAACCUUCUUCAGGAAUGCCGCUCCGACAAAACAUUAACACUAGCGAUACAAAGUCACAGCAUAUCUGUAGCGAUUCGUCAACCAGUGAAAGCGCGUUUGACGUUAUCACAUGACAAGAGGUCGAUUAAGCAAAGAAUCAAGUUCGUAGCAACAGCAACAGCGAAAAAGACAGCAACAGCUCUUGGGAUCAAAGGAUGCGAUACUCAAAAGUACUUUGAAGCCUCAUUCCCUAAAAGUGUGGCCGAUGUGUUAUCUUGGCCGGGCAUCGAUACCUCUGCAAAGAAAUAUCAAGUUGCUUACCAAUCAGGAAUUCACCUAGAGGACCCCUUGGAUGACCCAGGUGCAGAAAACAAUAAAGUGAGUGCUUUUACUGACAUCUUGCAGAAUGCAAAAAGGAAACGUUAGCCACAGAGAAAUCAUUUUAGAUGAACACAUAUACCUAUGCUUAGAUUGAGAAGAUUAAAUGAAAGCAGCGAUCAGUCUUUUCACUUAACUUUUUAUCAUUUAUCAUUAUCAUUUAUUAUUGUUCGCAUGAAAAGCUCGAAAAUUUAUACGCGGUAUAUUCUUGAAAAGUUAAUAUUAAUGACAUUUUUACUUUCUUGACGAGUUGUGGGCGGGAUCUGCUCUCUGAGCUUGAUAAUUCGCGCCCGUUUUAAGUGAGAGAUAAUUAACGUAUUAAAUACUUCAUGAUUUUUUCAUGUCAGGUCCCGCCGGAACUCAAGAGCUCAGAGAACGAUUCAAAAAGCAGCCUCAAAAACAGUGUUCUACAGUGCCUUAUUGAAGUAGAUGAGUUAUCUCGAUUGCUUGAUGAAGAGCCAUCUCCAGUUCAAGAUGAUGACAAUGUAAGUCUGGAUCCAAUUGGAGAUGACAAAAGAUUCAAAGAUACUGCGUCUCAAACUCAGACAGGCCAGGAACUCAUUCCUAGAGAAGAUAACGAUGUAAGUUUAGUGGACCUAAAUGGAGGACAAUCUACUUUUCUCGGAGGUCAGUUAUACCAGGAUCCUAUCUCUGAAAAUUCGCAGCAAUCAGAAACAACAUCAGGGGGUGGCUCCCAAAGCUACUGUCCAACUUUGAAGGCUCCAGGUUGUGCCCUAAUUGAGUCGAGCUUGCAGACGCAUGAAGAAAAUUUCACGCAAAGAGCAGAAGACAGCGACGAAACCUGCAUGGGUAAGCUCUUGUUUGAAAGUGAUAGAAAAUCGAGACGCUCAUUAAUGGCUGAAUUUCAGAGAAGUUUGAACAAAAGAAAGUCGAAAUUUAAAGAGAGUUCCUUCAACUUUGAACAAAAUAGCGAUGAAGUGUCGAUCGAUUCAAACAGGCCAUACACAAGUUGUAUGUUCAGUCUUAAAGAAAGCCAAAAAACCAAUGAUGGUAUUGUCGAUUAUAUAGGAAUUCCGCACUUUCAACAUCAAGGCAAAGAAAAAAACCAAAGUUCCAACUUCUAUUCGGAAAGGGAGUGUGACUCCUUCGAAGCAAUUGAAGUAGCAAAAAUCGAUGAAGGUGCACCGACGGUACCUAAACUUAUUAAAGAUCCAGAAUCACCAGCUCCGUCAAUAAGUAAUACACAACACCUCACCAGUCUUAAAAUACUAUCAAAAAGUAAGCGUCUGAAAGAUGGAGACAGUUCUUUAAAAGAUGAAGAAUCAAGAGUCAUUAACGAAAAUUUUAAAGCUAUCGAUGAGAGCGAAACCACCGGAAGCCAAAAGUAUUCAGUCAAUUACUUGGUUUUAGAAGACACUGAUGUUGUGGAUGGACCCUUGAGGUCAUGCGAUUUUGAACGAGAGAGCUCCAACGGACAAGAAAGGUUUGGGAAGCAUUACUUGCCUAGCUCCUCAAGAGCAUCCCCAGUUAUGAAGCCAGUUUGCCAUGACGCUUCUUUUCGAUACCCUUACCAAGAUGAUGGUACCUUCAGUACUUUGAGGCUUCCAAACGUUCAAGCUGAGGAACGAAGCCGAGAAUCGACGCAUGCCUUGGACACCGACUGCGAGGCACAAAGAAAACAAAUUGAGAGAGAUUGGUUGUCGGGAGCUCAUUCCUUUAUCAAUUCACAAGACUCUUCAAAUCCAGAAGAACAACUAAAAUCUAAGCUGUUGGAAAACGAAAAAAAUGACUCAUCUGAAAGGUCUCUACAAAAUGACUUUCUCAUUCACUCGAAUCAUGGUAUUCAAGACUCUGAUGAGAAUGAAACUAAUGAAAUUUUUAGAACAAAGGCAAGUGAAAUCCACGUGAUUGGAAAAUCGAUAGGUGCAUUCGAUUUUUCUAGAAAAACACAAGAAAACUAUAUGGAAGACACUACGAUGGCCUAUGAACCCGAACCGAAAUCUGAGGAUAUCUUAGAAGCUCAUCAAAGCCAUCCACCUAUGACAUCCUCCGAUAGCUUUCAAGCAAAACGCAUACAACUCAGUCCUUUUGAGGAAGCAAGAAGAAAAACGAUUCCCAGUUUCUCUGAAGGGGAAAGAAGACAUAAGCUAGAAGAUACCGUAAAGAUCAAAGGGAAUGGCUAUUUUAAUCUCUACCCUCCCUUAGAUUUAAAGAAAGGAACAGUAUUCUCGUCAUUUUCUGACCAUGUUUCACCAGAUGGACCCAUCAAUGGAAGUUUUCGCAAAGACCAAAGCAACUCUGAUGCUACAUUCAUUUUAAACGCCACAGAUAAAGUCGAUGGGUCAUGUGAUCUUGAAUCAGAUAUUUUAAACGGACCAGACGAGAGAGUUAGACCUUCUUUGUAUUGCUCCUCUGGAGCAAUCAAGGAUCGACAGAGGAGAAUACCUAACAUAAUGUCUUACGAUAAAACUUCUUUUACCUCAAUUUACCAAGGUGGCGAUGUCAUUGAAAGCGACAAGGCAUCCUUAGGAAGGAUCAAGGAUAAUUUUGACGAAAGGAUUAUCGCAAACGAGCCCAUUCCAAACUGCAGUGAAAAGAUAUCUCAAGGCUUCCCUUCCAAAGCUUUCUCUUGCAAACCUGAAGAUGUUUUAAAGGAAGAGGCGAUAGCACCUGUUACAUACAAUGAUCAUGGGGGAGCAAGGCCAAAACGAAAAUUAAAUGACUCGAGGAAAGGUAUGAUUAUCCCCACAAAGACUAAUUCAAGGUCAUAUCCUAUUUUUGUAGCGCGUCACAUUAACGAUGAUAGAAAUCCGGAUUUCUGUAUCAAUGCUGGUAACUGUGACCAUGCUUCAGUUGAAGGUCAUCAGCAGGACGAUCACAACCAAUAUUUCCUUUUAUCUACAGAUCAUGGAAGUUUCUCCUUCGGAGAAAAAGAUGCAUCUUGCGAAGAAGGAUAUACUCAAUCAUGCCAUGUCUCUGAUGAGGGUAGGAUAAGUUGCUCUCAGAGAGACCUCUUUGUGACAAAAAACCGUUUCAUGCCUCAGUCAUCGUCUUUGAGUCAAACAGAACGCCCUAGUUUGUCAUCUCGCGUGUGUGAUGAAAAUUUGUCACUGCUGCCGUCAAGGCGAUAUUGUGUUGACGAGGGGGACCCUGUAAUUCCUGAGACCAAGUCAUCAUUUAAUAGCCCUUAUUCACGAGAUGCUGUCAAUAGUGUGAAAUCGACGAUGAACAAAUAUGACAGUAGUACGAAAAACAUUGACUGUGGACUUGCCCAAAUUUCCACAAGUGCUGAGGAUGAGGUUUCAUUGAUAGAGCAUUCUUCAGGUUCUCUUCUUGGAUCUUUGCAACAAAUAAUGGCCCAAACUGUCCAGCUUGUUGCGUCAAGCGUCACUCCCGCAAACAAGGCUCAAUGCACACUCCAGUCAGUCGAAAAGGUGGGCAUACAAGAAAAAGCACGAAAUUUUAGAGAACAAGAGGUAUCCAUUCCAUCACCUAUCAACGAAUCAAGUAAUCAAGAGGUCUUUACGCAAGUCAAUGAGUCCACUUUAGGAGCUGAUCGUGAGCAACAAUCCAUAGCCACACCUGUACAGGAGACUCCACGCCCUGUUUGCAGUCAUUAUCAACGCCGAUGCUUGGUCCGGUUUCCCUGCUGUGGAAAGUUCUUCCCUUGCCAUCGUUGCCACAACGAGUCUGAUUGUACUGAGGAUCAGGCAAGAGCAAUCAAUGCCACACAUAUACGCUGUACUAUCUGCUACAACGAACAAGUGGUGAGAUUUUAAAUGAGAACAGAAUAUAAGUUUUCCUCGCUCUCUCUUUCUGAGACGAGAUAUACAGCAACAUCGCAAAGUUCUUGCAGAUGCUGUCAAAUGGUCAUGUUAAACGGAAUAUUAGAAAUUGACUGCUGGAGUAAUUUUCUUUCUCUUAUUUGUAUGACAUUCUCCAUGCAUUUCAGAUCGAUGAAAAUAGCCAGAGGUGCGGCUCCUGCAACUCGAAAAUGUCUGAAUAUUUCUGUGCAACAUGUAAACACUUUACGUCUGUUGACAAGAAUCCUUUCCAUUGCACAAAGUGUGGGAUCUGCAGGUUAGAUAUUAUGCACUGGUCAUGCUCAUUUACUUCAGAAUAUGUUUCAAUAAAUUAUUAAUUCAGCCUCGAAACAGUUCGAGAUCUUCUAAACAGUCUUAAGAAGCAAAACUUUUGUCGGCCUCGAACGCACUGACCUGCCACACAAGCUUCUGUCUUCGAGAUACGGUCUUUGGCGAAGAAUUUUUAUUUCUUAGUGCAAGCGAAUAACUAUGUUGAGGCAAUUUGAAGGGGAAACCUGAAGAAUUUUCGGGGAAGGGUUAUUUGCAUCGCCCCAGUUUCCAUCUGGUAUAGACGGAGUAGCAUUAACCUAGUGAGUGUAGUUGUUCUGGUGAGGGUAGGUUUCUUAUUCAUUACAAAACUAAAAAACUGUUAUUUUUCUGCAUUACUUCUUAAUUAUUUGAAUAGAAUCCACAGCGACAGAUCCUUCCACUGUGAUGUUUGUAACGUAUGCCUGGACAAACGUCUUGAAGGAAAACAUAAGUGCAGACCUGAUUCGGGACACGAUGAAUGCUGCAUUUGUCUGGAGGUGAAGUCUUUCUGUUUAUGGCGUGAACAAACAUAUUCGUGAUCACAUGUGCUCAAACGAUUUUUUGUUAUGCGAUAUGAUUUCAUUUACUUUUUAUUUAUUUUUUUUCUUUUAAACUUCUUCCUACUGCUUAAGGAGAUCGUAAUUCUUUAAAUGUAUCUUCUCGUCAAUCUUUUAACGCCUAAAGGAUUUGAAAAAAUAUCUUUAAAUUGAAAUUAUGAUCUUUUUUUUAUGUUGUUUACAGGAUGCCUUUAGUGGCUGUCAAAUUCUACCCUGCUCUCACAAGGUUCACAAAGACUGUGCAAUUGCAAUGAUACAAAAUGGAGUGUAAGUACAUUUGUUGAAACGUCUUGUGUUCAUUGAACACCUCCUGGGUAUCCCAGGGCAGAUCCUAUCACUUGGUGCCAUUGGCCUGGAAAGUUACUGCGAAAACAACUUAACAAUGCAGAGGUUGAAAAAGCCAAUUUUUUUGUUUCAAUAUUUGCAUGAUUUAUAGUCGAGUUCAUGGGAAAGGGGAGCCACUUAAUUUUCCUUCCAAACUGCUUCACUGGUAUAAUUUUAAAAAUCGUAUCUGCAAGGCACCUUUGUUGUUGUUUAAACAACCUAAAAUAUAUGAAGAAUAGAAGCAUCGUAGUUCGUAGUGUAUUCUACAAGUGCAUAUGAUUUGCCUUUUUGUCAUUGAUUUGUGCUCUUGAUUUCUAUAUGCUGAUGUUUUCUCUCUAGUUUCUGUUUUCCUGUGAUAGCUUGGGUGGCCUGUAAGUGCCAUUCAAAAUGUGUGGAAAGAAUAAAAAUUGGUGCAAAAGUCAUAACUGUGGAUCCAAAGUUCUAACUUUGGAUCCGUCGUACUAACUUUGGAUCUGCACUUAUGACUUUGGACUCGUGUUUGAAAAUUCUAAACCAGUGCUUAAAAUACAUCUUACUCUCAAUUAGAAUAGCACUUACUGGCCACCAUAGAUGGCUGGUUUUUUCCUUGAAAAUAAAUUUGAUUCUUUGUUUGGUAGUAACCUCUGUAAUGUAUUUUUUUUUCGCAGCCGAACGUGCCCGAUAUGCCGACAUCCGUUGUUCGGCCAACUUCAAACUAGUCCUCAGUAACAAUUUAAAAAAAAAAAUGAUAAUGCAAAUUGAAAUAACUAUACUCAAAAAAUAGAUCACGAAGAUAAUGAACGUCUCACUCAUACAGAAAUUUUGAAAUCAAAGAUCGAUUUGUGACUUGAUUUUUAAUGCUAACUUGUCCAAACUGUUGCCAUGGAUGGAAUUUUGUAGUAACUAAGAUUGCUACCAUAUCAAUAUAUUUUAUCUUUGAACUUCGAUGGCUGUUGCAGCGCGGGACACAACAAAUGACACAUUUCUGAACCGGCAAGACAUAAUUUUUUUUUCACUAAGAAAUGCACUCACAUCAUAGAAGAGACAAGAAAACAUUAAAAACUAGAAAAAAACAAACAAACGAAAAACACAGCCAAACGUAUAAACAAAAACGAAAACAAAAACAUACAAAAAAACUAACAAUCAAGAAACUAAGCAAAUGAUAGUGAAAAACAAAUAUAUCAAGAGAAAACCAAACAAACAAAGGAAUCUACAAACAAACAUACUAACAAAAAUAAAACAAAUACGAAAACCAAGGGAGAGGGACACACCCUUAACAAUGUGGAAGGUUCCCUUUGUUGUCGUUCAUUGAUAUAAAAAUAAUUGUCAUCGAUUUUGAGUAAACGGUAAGAUAAUUAUAACUGAGGACUCUCCUGCACUGGAUGUGAAAGAAUACACCCGCUGGAAUGCAAUACUGGUAAGUUCUCCUGUAUCUUGCAUUGGAAAUUUAACCUGUUGAAAUAUUCCCCUUUUCUUUGGAGCCAAACAUAUCAUUGGUAAGGAUUGAAUCGGUUGGCUAGACUCAUAAAUACAAAGGGACACAGUUCUCUGUUAUUUUUAUCUGCGAGCGAUUAGAUUAUGGUAUACUGUAGAGUAAAUGGCUUUGGGUCUGUGGAAUUUACAGACUGGGAAGAAGUGUAACUGGCUAGAAGAUCUGACCAACGUUAAUCCUUUAGGGUUCACGAUAUACAGGUAGAAAAGUAAAGCAAAUUUCAGAAUAAAGCUGCAACUGGCAAAGAGUGACAUAUUCAGGUAGAUUGUGUUUGGUCAGUUUCUGUCCCAGACAGAGUAAUUUGCAACAGCGAUCUCAGGUGUGGAACCUUCGCUCAGCUUUUCAGGUCGAUAUUUCCUCUUGAGACCUGCGUUUAUUUUCCACGUUUCUUUUGAAUAAUAAAUUGGUUCAUUACCCGCUAAUCAAUCGGCUUUCUCUUAUGAUUAUGAAAAUAGUAACAUCUAAAUGCUUACUUUAAUUAAAAAAACUGUUGGAAACAAAUUAUUCAGAAAAAAAUCAUUACGUCAUUUGAAGCUAUGACAUUUGGUUUUUUUAUGUAGACUUUUCUACGCUUUCUUCACUGUCUUACACUGUACUUAUCUUUCGUGGUUAUUUUUUUGCAGGUCUCAAGGAGAAGGAAUGGGUUCUGUGAUCUUCUUUUUUUCUUUGGAAGAAAUCUGUUGAUUCACUGUUUAAUAUGUUUAACAAAUGGAAUGCUUUAGAUGAUAAAGAGGUCUGCUACUUAUUUUGUCUUCAUUUUUCAAGUAUGGAGUAUGGAGUAAGAGAGACCACCAAAAGAGGGCAUCGAAGGCAUUAGCAUUAGCAUUAGGGAGGCAUCUCGUAGAAAAUCCUUUUAUCCUUCUAUAGAGAGACGCAAAUAUAUCGCCGAUAUUCGCCUCACUUUCCCGGUCACCGAUUUUCUAAGACGUUCCGAAAUUAAUCUGGUAGUGUGGGACUGUUACCAUUAAACUAAACCAAAUUGAAAUCACAAGGGUGCAGCCGGUGCUCAAAUGCAAAACUUGACGCAAUUGGAUAUCCUUAUCCUCCUUUAAGCGCAGACAAUAAUUAGCUCAUAUAAUCUUGAUGUCUGUAACCAUAUGUACUUUGUCUUCUAUUUUUCUCCAAAUUUCAUUUACCCAUUUUUUAUUGAGUGCACUUAUUGUACUUAAAUAGUAAGCUCUUUAUUUCAACUACCAUAAAAAUAUAUAAACAGAAAAAAAAUUAUGUAUUUAAUUGGCAAUCUAGCAUUUUAGGUAAUUAAAGCUAUUUCGAGCUGUCAUUUACCCUUCAUUUACAUUUUUUGGUGAUAUUGAGACUAUUGUAACUGUAGG